CAGCAUCGUAAGUUCCAUCGAAAGCGGGCCCACACAGUGCAUCAUACAAUGUUGUUAAUAUAACAAUAACAAACGGACCUUGAAUAUGUAUUUACUUACGUUAGCCUUGGUGCUAAGUAACGCGCUGAUUUCUUAUGGGAAUCACUACAGUAAAUGUUGUAAGCUUGGGGAGCAUCUCGAUCCCUCAUACGAAUGUGUAGAAAACAAAAACAAGAGACUUCAAAUUUUAACUAACGAAACGAACUUCUUGAAUAAAAACACUGAUGGGGAGUGCGUGGAAGUUAGUACGGACUUUUUUUCCUUUAACGUUUCCAAUGGAAAAAUCGUGGGGAAAAGGCCGGUUAGUGAAACAUAUUUUCCAAAGUGUUGCCCCUUGGACUAUAUUUACAACUCCGUCCUACAUUCUUGUGAGGAAAAGGAAAACGUGGACUAUAGUCACAUUAACGAAAAUUUCGUGAAAGUGGGACUGCCCAAUUGUAAGGUUGUUAUGGACUACGAGUUGAAUGGAAUGACAGAUUUUGAAUAUGGUUUGAUUGAUGCAAGGGGUAGACAAAUUAGAAAUUCCCUUCGAUACCCUGGAUCGUUCUGUAUUGACGAGAAUGAGAAAGGCUCGUUUAUGAUAAGGGAGUGUAAGGAGAGUUUAGAAGCUUGUGAAGAAAUGAGAUGUGUCAAGAAGUGUUGUCCUGAUGGACAAAGUUUUAUAAACGGUGCGAUUUGUUACGAUACAUACACUAGUGGGGUGAAUUUGAGUUUAUUUUCAAGCGUGGAGAAAUCCCAAGAUCCCUUUGCCGUAAUAUACAACAGUACCUGCUCAGAAAUAUACAUGUUGAAGGAAGACAAGUACAUUUUUAACUUGGACGAUAAAGGAGUAUUCAGUCUAUGGCAGAACAGUUCACAGUCCUUUAUUACUAAGGACAUUGGCCAAACAAGAUCAUACUGCAUUGAACAUACGAAGAAAAAGAACAUUGAAGGGUAUUUCUUCUUCAUGUGUUUUCCGGAGAAGAAUAUCAAUGACAAAUUUGCUUACACAGUUUGGCCGAAAAUGCUCUCUUGUGUUUGUUUGGCUAUGACUAUAGCUAUAUAUCUGAUUCUAAACGAGACUAGGAACGUUUUUGGGAAGAUACUGGUCAAUUACUGCGUGGCCUUAUUCUUUGAAAACGCCCUUCUUACUUAUGCUCAGUUAUUCUUGCACCCUUCUAAUGUUGAUUGUAAAUUAAGAAGUUUUUCAAUAAUAUUUUUUGCGACUGCAUCGUUUAGUUGGUCGAAUGUUAUGUGCUGUGAUAUAUGGUGGACAUUUGGGUCCUGUUCAGAAAGGUAUGCUUCUACAAGAAGUUAUUAUUCGUCUGCCAGAAGAACAGUUGGAGCUCAUCAAAGAAAGAGAGAUCUGAGGAAGCUGCUGUCGUAUAUCCUGUAUGGCUGGGGUGUACCCACCACUUUGACCUUGAUUAUAUUCUUCUUCUACGUGUAUAGGUUCCUGCCCUACGCAAUACAGCCCUAUAUGGCUGAGAGGAAAUGCUUCUUCGAAAAAAGAUCUGGGAAUUAUGCUCAUGCCUUAUUUUUCAACUUACCCCAUUUGGUUAUUCAGUUGGUUAAUACCGUUUUGUUCAUAAAAACAAUUGUUUAUUGUCUGAAAGUGAAGAACGAAAUCAACAAGAUUAAUGAUACAACCAAGGACGACAAGAGUAAGAGAUUUCAGAAAGACAAAGAGAGAUUGUUCCUUAUUUUAAAAUUAUCAGUGAUUAUGGGCGUGUCAUUCAUGUUUGAGGUCGUCUCAGCGUUUUUCGAUAUGAGCCAAAUGGGGCCAGUCCCAAAAUAUAUAGAAAUUAUUUGGGACACCAUAAACUGUUUACAAGGUGUAUUUAUAUUUAUAAUAUUCAUUUGCAAGAAGAAGAUAUACCGCAACUUCUUGUUGAAAUUCAAGCUUUUACAUCCCAGAAGUAUAUCGACUUCAUCUAUACAUACACAAUCCACGACAACCUCAAAUGGCACCUCGAUGAAAGUUUUUAGGGAAGCUGUUAAUGAAGCUGGAAGAGCUAAGCGUUCUUCUAAGGAAAGACUACAAUUAUAUACAAGUUUCGUCGCAAUUGGAGUGCCCAAUAGUAAAGUUGUUGUGGACGAUGAGUUGAAUGAAGCGAUUACUGUGGAAUAUGGUUCUAAUGAAGCGAAAGCACUACGCGGAAAUUCCACUUUAGAGCCACUGCUCACUGCAUCAUACGUGGGCCUACCAAAAUGUUGCAAGGUGGGUGGUGUUUUCAUUGAACAAAGUGGCGAAUUUUUAUGCAACCAAAGUGGAAAUGGACGUGUGGAAAUACAAACAGACUUCGAGGUGGAUUUAAAUAGUACAGAAGAGUAUGAAUGCGUUGAGGCAGUAAAUUCCAAUUUGUUUUUGUUUAAAAGAACUAUAAAUGAAACGACUAUUGUGAAAAAUAUUGAUGAUAAAAUGCUACCGAAGUGUUGCCCAAGGAGUUAUUUAUAUGAUCCCGCUACUCAUUCCUGUGUAAAAAGUUUCAGAAAUAGUUACUUUAAUACAUCGUUUUUAAAAGUAGGGUUAUCAUCGUGUGAGAUUAUUUACGAUUACAAGUUUGUAAGUAUGGAUGAUAUACAAGUUGAAGAUGAUGCUGUUUUCAUUUCCAAAUUUGAUGAAAAAUUUCGUAAAGAUAGUUAUUGCAUAGAUGAAACGGUUAACGGUACUUUUGUGGUAAGGGUUUGUAAGAAUUAUGAUAUUUGUCAAAGUGUAUUAUGUCUUCAUAAGUGCUGUGCUGAUGGACAAAGUUUUGUUAAUGGAUCUCACUGUACGGACACGUACGAGUAUGGGAUGGAUCUCAAUAGAUUUUCCAGUAUUAUUCCAAAUACCAGUGCCGACUACGCCAUAAUACAUGGCUACAAAACUAAAGUCUACAUUCCAAGAAUUAAGAAAUAUCACCUUGACAACCAAGGAUACUUUUACACUUUCCAAGAGAAAAUAGGCAACGAAGUUUAUUCCCCUGAAGAAGAAACCUAUUGCAUUGAACAUGCCACGAAGGGAGGAAAAAUAUAUGGACAUACGUUUUUUAGAAUUAUACCGCAUACCGAGUACAUGGAGAAAAAGUUUUUAUUUAACAGAUGGGCCAUGAUCGUUUCGAAUAUAUUCCUCAUCAUUACAGUAGUUUACUAUAUACUUAAAAAGGAAACAAGGAAGGUGUUUGGGAAAACUUUGGUCAGCUUUUGCGGUGCUUUAUUCACCUUGUUUGUGGUUCUUACCUAUUGCACCUUUAAGCCAAAUUUGAACGCUAGAAAGACUCUGACAACUUGCAAAAUUAUUGGCUUCCUUAUCAUAUAUUUAAGCCUAUCUUGUUUUGUGUGGCUCCAAGUAAUGUGCUACGACAUCUACUGGACUUUUGGGUCUUCCAAACGAUACUCCUCUUUCAACAACAAAAAAAGGAGGGAUCUAAAAAGGUUCAUCUGCUACAGCUUAUACGGAUGGGGAGUGCCUUCAAUAACCACCCUUGUUCUAUUCAUCUUUCACAUCGUAGACGUGUUACCACCAUCGAUAAAAAUUGGAAUAGGAGAAACAAAAUGUUUAAUAGAAAGAGGUGAAGAUAACUAUGCCGAGAUUUUGUUCUACAUAAUUCCAUUAAAUGUGAUAGAGUUGGUGAACGUGGUAUUCUUUGUUAAGACUGUCAGAUAUUGUUUGCAAGUAAAAGGAAAUAUCCAGAAAAUGAACCAGACUGCUGAUAUUCAGAAGAAAAAGAACAAAUUUCGAGCACGAAAGGAAAGAUUCAGCUUGGUUGUGAAAUUAUCCUUUAUAAUGGGCGUCUUCUUUUUAUUUGAAGUAGUAUCGUCAUUCUACGAUUUUAAGAAGAACGUCGUCACUGAAUAUGUAGAGAUAAUAUGGGAUUUCAUCAACUGUUUACAAGGAUUUUUUAUAUUCGUCAUAUUUAUCUGCAAAAUCAAGUUUUUGAAGAAGUGCAAUCGAAAAUUAGCUAUGGAGAAAAUUAGAAAAAUCUCGCUGACCGCGAAUAGUACAAGAACCACUGGCGUAUCGUCAGAAAGAAAAUCAAGUCGAGGAAGCAAAAGAAAAUAUUCAAAAGAAGAAGCCAAGAAUAAAUUUGGCUAAGCAACUCAUUCCAGAAACAUAUUUCUUAUUCUGAUUAAUGAUAUUAUUUUAAAAUAGAAAUGAUAGAGUGUUGUAUCAAUA